AUGACUACGGACAACUUGUCCGCAGUACUGUAUGGUGUGGACGACAUUCGCCUAGAGCAAAGGGACAUUCCCACACCGGCGGACAAUCAGCUGUUGAUCAGAGUACACACAGUGGGUAUAUGCGGCUCCGACGUCCACUACUGGACCCAUGGUGCAAUUGGAAAUUUCGUCGUCAAGGAACCAAUGGUACUUGGACAUGAGACAAGUGGUACUGUAGCAGGUGUGGGCCGCAGCGUGGUGGUUUCGCUGUUGGUGAUCGUGUUGCGAUAG